ACAGGGUAUCGAUAAGGAAAACAGGGAAUCGAUCCUUUUCUAUAAAUCAAGUUCGGAAGAAAAAAAAAAAUCAAACUUUAGUUGAUUUUCGAGCUGAAAUUCAUAUAUUCUUUUAGCACCGUAACUCUAAAAAUGGGUGAAGGAGAAGUGAAGCUACUGGGUACAUGGGCUAGUCCUUUUAGUCACAGAAUAAAACUUGCCCUGAAACUGAAAGGUAUACAAUAUGAGUAUAUUGAACAAGAUCUUACCAACAAGAGUACCUUGCUUCUUAAAUCAAACCCAGUUCAUAAAAAAAUCCCUGUGCUCUUACACAAUGGAAAACCCAUUGCAGAGUCACUUGUCAUUCUUGAGUAUGUCGAUGAAAAAUGGCAGAAUAAUCCUUUCUUGCCUGAAGAUCCUUAUAACAAAGCCAUGGCUCGUUUUUGGGCUACAUUUGUAGACCAAAAGAUCUUGCAAGUGACUCUUAAGGCUUCUGCAGCUACAGGGGAGGAGAAAGAGCAGAUACUUGAAGAAGUUGAUCAAUACCUCAAGUUGCUAGAGAAUGAGCUAAAUGAAAAAGAUUUGUUUGGAGCCUGGUAUGUGGAUGGAGAAGAUUUUAUCCUCAAAGAAUCCAAUUCCAAGCGAGCAACAAAGAAAGAUAAGCCCCCUAUCAACAUUUAUGACCAUAACCCAAUGUAUGGAAAUUUGAAGCUCAAGGACUGCAGUGGAAUAGAUCACCAUGUCUAACUUCUAGGCAAAUGCUCCAGCAACAAGAACAAAUCAGAAAGUUGCAUCAAACUACAAGGGUGGAAAUUUUCAACUCAUACUCAGAACUUGGGUCCAACCAGCUAUCCCAUGAAUUCAAUGCACCUGGGUUUGACAACUGGCCACCAUCUCAGUUCUCUAUUUAUCAUAACAAUUUGGAAUCGCAAACAUUUAGUCACUAUGAAUCAGCACAAGGUCAGCAAAGGUCAUGGAAGCCAUGAAUUCGAUGCCUCUCAGCAUAGCAGUAUAACAGAAAAUGUUGUGAGUGGAGUACAUCUGCUGCCCGUUACUCAUGCUCGUGCAGCAGUUGGAGAACCCAAUCUGCAGUCUAUGAAGAAAGGCAACAUAGAGCAGAAGCGGCCCCAUCAAAGGCCAGUUUGGAGGCCAUAGUGAUGGACUUAUCAGCCUUUUUAAAGUUUUUUUUGGGAUUUCUUUACCAAACAAUUCUUUCUGUUUUUUAUUUUUUUUUUUUUUUUUCUGACGAUAACCACAUACAUGCCUUUCAAUGUUCUUUUUGACGUGUUGGCUGAAAGGCAUUUAUAGUUCAAAUGCACAAAUACAAUUAUACAUUUAUAUGCUCUUUUUGAGUUUUUGCCUUCCAA